AUGCAGUCUAUGCGUAGACCGAUAAAAGCUACUUUAGACAGUAAAAGUCGCUGGCAUGAAAAAUUCAAACGUGAAUGUGCAAAUCAAGUAAAAUUAGCAAGACAAGAAAAAUUGACAAGAUUAGAAAAGAUCAGGUUUGUUGAUGCAAAAAUAUUAAAAGACGAAUGGAUAAGAUUCAAGCAGGAAAAUGAGCAAUCGAUGAGAGAAGAAGGGAUUGUCGAUAUAGACAGCUUAAUUGAAGAGAGCAUACGAGAAUAUGAAGAAAAUGAAGCUUAUUUUCAACAAGAGCAAGAAGAGCUGGAAAAUACAUUGGCCUCUUAUGAAGCUUCAAGAAACACAACGAUAUGUGUCAACUGUCAAAAGUCAUCUUUAGUGCCUGAUGCACGAACAAUCGGACAAAACCCAAUUGCCAGUUGCCCAAAUUGCGGAUUUUAUGUAACUGAGUCCUGUCUUUAUGAUAUCCUGACUGCUACUUCAGUACAUUCUUCUAAUUGUACUGGAAUGAUAUCCUAUUCUCUUGAGGCUGGCACUGAUAAUACUAUCAUCGGUGUUUGUAAUAUAUGUGAUCUUUGGAAUUUGUUUUAUAUGUAA